UUCGUCCCUCCCCCCGCUUCCCGCACCGUGGUUUGGCUGCCUUUGCCUCCUCCUACUUCUACUGCAGACCCCGCCCCCGAUGGACGGAAAUAUCAGCAAUCCACUCUCUCCUCCCGAUUUAGGAUUUAUAUACCCACCCCCGCCGAUCCCCUCGCCACUUCGCCACCGCGCCGCCGGGCCCUGUUUCGCCUCUUCCGGCCGGUCCUGCCGCCGCGCCUUCAGGCAAGAUCCUGCUGCGGCGUCGGUGGCGGUUCCUGACCGCGGUCUCGCCCUGUCAUGCCGGUUCAGGUCGGAGGGAGCAAGGUGGCGGAGCCCAGGGCCAGGGUGGAUCUCUCCCCCACCGCCGUCGCCGACAAGGGCCGCGCCUCGUCCAAGAAGAUCCGCCGCCGCCGCCAGAAGGCCCCAGCGGCGCCUUCCCUGUCGCCGAUGCAGAGGUUGUUUGACACCAGCAGGGAGGUCUUCUCGGCCUCCUCGCCGGGCUUUGUGCCGCCGCCGGACGCCGUGGCGCGCCUCUCGGGCAUCCUCAAUGAUUUAAAACCACAUGAUGUUGGGGUAGACUCUAGUAUGCCAUACUUCAAGCAUGCCGAUUCUAAAGUCCCCCCUCGAGUUACUUAUUUGCAUUUCUAUGAUUGCCCAAAGUUUUCGUUUGGUAUCUUCUGUUUACCGAAAUCAGCAAUUAUUCCCCUUCACAACCAUCCUGGGAUGACAGUAUUUAGCAAGAUACUAUUUGGUUCCAUGCACCUGAAGUCAUAUGACUGGGCUAAGAGUCUGCCAGAGAGUCAUGAUACUGCACUUGAGAACUCAGAUGGAGCUCGUUUGGCCAAGGUAAAUACUGAUGCUGUUUUCGAUGCUUCAUCUGAGACAGUAGUUCUGUACCCUGAAAAUGGAGGGAAUUUGCACUGUUUCACUGCGUUGACCCCUUGUGCCGUGCUGGAUGUGAUGGGCCCCCCUUACAACCGUGCUGAUGGAAGGGAUUGUGCGUACUAUGACGAAUCACCUUACUUAAUUGGUGGAGAUGAACAGUAUUCUUGGCUUAAAGAGGUUACUACCACAUUUGAGAUGAAAGGUAUACAGAUGCCGCGGAAGUUUAGCGUCUCGGCAUGACUGGCAUGACAUUGUCGCGACACCAGAAGAGGAUGAAGCAAAUGACGCUAGCUUGAUGUACAUAUCUUAGCUGCUAAGACAGACGACAAUGGGUACAAGGGAAAGGCCGGGCCAGGCAAGUUGCACAGGCUAGGAAACUUGACAUUUGUUUCUCUUAUUUCGUCUGGGUUGAAACAAACAAUCUCUUGUGGUUUGGGAUGACUCUGCUUCUCUUGUGUUACUGGAGUAUCCAAUAGUGCAAUUUGAAUUUGGGCUUUUUGGGGGCAUGAUCACUUUUUUGGUUCCCUGUAGACAGAGAUGUACGCAGGUGCUCUUUUUUGAAGUGAUCAUGGACCAAAUUCAGUGGGUCGUUUGCUUGGUUUGUUGAGCAGGGAAAGGUUAGCUUUGCCUGCUUUCAUGUUUCAGGGGCACAUCUUCUGUUUCCUUGUUGAACAAAGAAAUGUCUCUCAUGUAUGUCCUCGCAUCUUUGCCAUUUGCUCUUUAUCUAUCUAUUAGUACGCAAACUGCGAGUUGCAGUUGA